CCCCCGUCCCUCGCCGCGGGGGGAGCGCCGCGGGCGGCGGACAUUUUGUGGGGGCGGGGGCCGGCGCGGCUCCGCCCGGCGAGGCGGGGCCGGGGGCCGCCAUGGCGGAGUGGGGCCGAGGUCAGAGCCCAGGUGCCGUGGAGGAUAUGCUGGACGUGGAGAACAAGCGUAUGGCAGACAGCCUAGCCAACAAGGUCACCAGGCUGAAGUCGCUGGCUCUGGACAUUGACAAAGACGCUGACGAACAAAACCGUUACCUGGAUGGCAUGGACUCAGAUUUUAUGAGUGUGACUGGCCUCCUAACUGGCAGCGUGAAGCGCUUCUCCACCAUGACGCGCUCCGGGAGGGACAAUCGCAAGUUGCUCUGUUCUGUUUCAGCAGGACUGAUAGUUGUUUUCUUCAUCCUCUACUAUCUUGUGUCCAAAGCAGGGACCUGAGCUUGCUGUUCUGCAAGUUUUACAGAACAAAGCCCACAAUGAUUGACAGACUUGUUACGCCUUUCUCAGUUUGCCCUGUGGUGGAGUCUCUGAGAUGUUCCAGACAGACCUUCCAAAUAACUUGUGUUUCCACCACCUUCUUGUCAUUGUUCUGGCUGGUCUCAGACUCUUUAUAAAACGAGUAUGUCUGAUUCUAAAUGGAUUUUCAUGUGUAGCAGGAUUUUGAUGUUAAAUGCUCACGCCUUUAUCUCUUGCCUUGUUGUCCGUGUCUUGCAGCCUAUUUUUAAGGGCCACUCUUGUCUUACCUCCCUUGCUGAUAUUCGGUAUUAGGCUUGUGAGGAGAUGUGGCUGACAAAUAAUCAGAAUAAUUGAUAAUCAGAAGUUUAAUAAGCCAGCCAAGCGUUGGAAGACGUAGAGUUUAGGAUGCCGAUUUAUGAGACUUGGAAGUAUGAAUAUGUGACUUACAUUCCAGUGUGGCCACUCAGCUGAUACCCAGCCUCAGUUGCCCCGCGACUUGGAGACUGCUAAUAUCCUGCUGUCUGUGCGUUGAAAUGAAAUCUGUACUGCUCUGAAAUUAAAUUAGCAGUAGGUCUGGACCCCGAUACUCUCUAAUUGUUGCAGUGAAGAGUUGCAGAGGAGCAAGACUGUUUAAAUGCUAGCUUGGUCUUGUUUAUCAUCCUUCUGGGUAAAGCUGGGGAUGAACCCUGCAAGAAGGGAGGGCCGAAGUCCAUAAGCCGCUGUGAUUUACACACGUAUAGAAUCUUUCAGUACUUUCCCACACACUCGCAAGUGAGCACUCCCUUAGACUAUUAAAUCAGUGUAAAGAAAAUCUGGUAGCAAAAGGUACAGUUAAUUUCAGUUAUUGUGGUACCCUGGUAUUAGAGCACUUUGGGAAGAUGUUGUGCAAAUAAAAGCAGAGGUUGAGGUCAAGUGAAACUCCUAAAUGGUGCUGGUGGGAAGUCAAGGAAGGAUUUGAUCGGAGGGUUGAUUUUUUUCUUUAUUCACGUAGAAGGUAACCUAAGAAACUCUUGCUUUGCCUUUCAUAGCACUUUGGGGAUCCCUGCCUGCAAUGCUCGUGUGAGAUGUAUGGCAAGGCACACCCCUACCAGAUUUGUUUCCAAAGCAGUCGCUCCCGAUGAACGCUGCAGUGCAUGCCGGAUUUCCUCUCCCGAGGUGGUGCACGCAGCUCUGGGAGUGCAGUAGCUGGGAAUCCCAUCUUCCCUUCACCCUCCCUGCCUUUCGCUGGGCUGUUGGCUGCUCACUCGCGUCACGACCCCAGCUGUGUUCUUCCAUAGCUGAAUGAUUUAAAUCUGCCUAUGAUUGAAGUGAGAUCUGUAACUUUAAAAGUACUCUGCCUGUUGGGAGAAAGAAGAAAGCAUUUAAAAUAAAAUGCUCUUUCUCUCUUCAGACAAACCUCCGCUGCCUGUUGUAUAAACCUUUCACUUUCCAAAGCGGCUGAGCAGAGCUGCUGUGUUUCAUCUUCUCUAUUUUCUGUACCAACUGCUCAUGCAUUCUGGUUUUCCUUUUUGAAAGUCUUUGCUUAUUUGGUUCUCUUAUCUUCCUGUAACAACCACCUCCACAGGACUAAAGCAUUCCUCCUUGAUUUUGCACCUUUCUCCUCUCCAGCAAGCCUGUACUCAUCAAUGGCUGGAUCUUUCCUUGUACCCACUGGGAAUUCCUUUGUCCUUGGACUAACCCGGCUCCAGAUCUGUAAACGGCCUGCGUUGUCCUUUGUUCCAGCUGUACCAAACUGCUAACAGAACACUACCCUAACUGGAUUAGGUGUCUUUUUUGGGAAAAAGAGGCAGGGAAGGCAAGUAGAAAGGAGGCAGCAAUGACUUUCUCUGGUUCUUCUUCCUGCUUCUCCGGCAAGACACGGCAGCUCCGAACUCAUUUCCAUUUGGAAGAAUGAUGGUGAAUUGAUGGACUUUGUUUUGAUUUUUUGAAGCAGAUGAUUCUGAUGAAAGGCCACUGGAACAGCCUGGUCUCCAUAAUGGUGGUGGUUUGGGUUUGCUUUUACUGUUGUAAAUAAAGCUCCGUUUUUACAAUA